GUAAAAUGUAUAUAAUCGUACUAUUUUUGUGUUUAUUUAAAUAAUAAGUGAUAUGGGUCUUUUAAAACAUAAUCCGUUAAGUUAACCUUUUAUGACACAAUUUUUUUAAUCACGUAUUUGGGUAAAAAGUCUAUUUAAAUGUGUUAUGAUUUAUAAAAAACAAAGUUACUUUCAUAAAAUUAAAAAAAUUGAUGUUUUAAAUUUUUCAAUUUAAAUUUGAGAUAAAUAUAUUUAACAAGAUGAAAAUUUUUGGAAGUUUUUAAAAAAGAUUUUAAAAUGACUAGAUACAGAAUACACUUAUGUAAUCAAAUGAGGCAUUUGCCUCUACAUCAGUUGUAACGAGACAAUGCACAUUCAUUUGUUAUGUUGUCGUCUUAUCAGACAUCGAAAAUUUAUCUAUGUUUCCUUCUUUUUUUCUUUUAUUUUGUCCUUAAUUUAUGUGAUUAUUAUCCCUUUAAUUUUCAAAUUCUUGCAAGUAUCGACUACUAACAAGUCCUUUAGUACUCAGCAGUAUAUAGUGCCUCGGGAUUAUCCAGUGUUUAAAACUAUCACUUAUUGUUCAUUUUAUAACUGCUUUAAUAUUUACAAAUGUAGUCAUAAAUUAGAUGGAAGUUUUAAAGUGUAUGUAUAUCCUGCAGCAAAAUAUGUUGAUCAUGUAGGCAUAUCAGUUGGAGGCAAAAUGUCUAGAGAGUAUCAGUCUAUUUUAAAUACAAUAAUAAAUAGUCAUUAUUACACAAACAAACCUGCAGAAGCAUGUGUUUUUAUUCCUUCAAUCGAUACUUUAAAUCAAAAUCAGUAUCGUGCUAAAGAAACAUCACAAGCAUUAGGAAUGUUGCCAUAUUGGAAUGAAGGACUCAACCAUAUUAUAUUUAAUAUGGUUCCUGCAAAUGCACCUGAAAGUAAAACUUUGUCUGAUUUAUCGAUUGGUAAAGCUAUAGUAGCUGGCUUUGGCUUUAAUACAUGGACUUAUAGACCUUCAUUUGAUAUCUCUAUUGGAAUUUAUAGUAAAAAAGCUUCUCAACUUAGUAUAAAUUACAGAUUUACUUAUAGAUCUAUCUUCAUUACUACUACACAAACUAACCUUCACCCUGUUUUUAUGGCUCAAUUAAAAUAUAUUGAACAAGGAAAAAAUCUGCUUCGAGUUUUGGAAAAAUGUUCUAAUACAAUAAACAAUAGAUCUCUAGUUUGCUAUGGAAAUAAUACAUAUGAUUACCCAAACAUUUUUAUUGAUAGCACAUAUUGCUUGAUAUUACCCGGAUCUAGACAAAUAGAUAUUUCUUUAAUGUAUGCUCUUGCUUCUGGAUGUAUACCUAUUGUUGCUAUAAAUGAUGUUGUUUUACCUUUUUUUGAAGUUAUUGAUUGGAAGAGAGCUGUGAUUUUAUGGAAUGAAAAUGAAUUGCAUACCUUAAUAGAUAAUAUUUCUGGUAUACCCCUUGAUAGGCGAAAAGAAAUGUCAGCUCAAUGUCAAUGGCUUUAUUACACAUAUUUAUCUUCAUUACAAAAGAUUACUAUGACUACAUUAAAAAUAAUGAGUCAAAGACUACAUCCUCAUACAGCUAAUUUUUAUGAAGAUUGGAAUAUGAGACCAAACCCCGAUUCAGCAAGAAAUCCAUUAUUUUUACCAUAUAUGUCUGAUUCUUUUGGCUUCACAGCUGUAAUACUGACAUAUGACAGGAUAGAUAGUUUAUUUAAAUUAAUAGAUAUGGUUAAAGGUGCUCCAAGUCUUGAAAAAAUUAUUAUUGUUUGGAAUAAUCAAUAUAAAUCACCUCCACACUUUUCAGCUUGGCCAAAAACAAGAGUGCCUUUAAAAAUUGUAAAAACAUCAGCCAACAAAUUAUCCAAUCGGUUUUAUCCUUAUAAAGAAAUAGAAACAGAAGCAGUACUAUCAUUAGAUGAUGAUAUAUUGAUGCUUACAAUUGAUGAAAUAGAAUUUGGAUUCAAAGUAUGGAGAGAAUUCUCUGAUCAAAUUGUUGGGUUUCCUUCGAGAACUCAUGUAUGGAAUAAUAAAACCAAUUCUUGGAAGUAUGAAUCUGAAUGGAGAAAUGAAAUAUCAAUGAUUUUGACUGGAGCAGCUUUUUAUCAUAAGUAUUGGAACCAUGCAUACACUUAUAUUAUGCCUAAUAAGGUAAAAAAAAUGGUUGACGAUCAAAUGAAUUGUGAGGAUAUAGCUAUGAAUUUUUUGGUAUCUAAUACAACUAACAAGGGUCCUAUCAAAGUUACGCCCAAGAAAAAAUUCAAGUGCCCACAAUGCAAAAAUACUGAAAUGUUAUCAGUUGAUGAAGGACACAUGGCUGUAAGAACAUCCUGUAUUAAUAAGUUUACUAAAAUUUUUGGUAGAAUGCCACUAAAAGCUGUUGAAUAUAGAGCUGAUCCGGUUUUAUACAGAGAUAUAUUACCAAAAAAAUUAAAAAGAUACAAUAAUAUUGGUGAUUUAUAGAAUUAUAAUUUUUAAUUGUUUUAUAUAUUUAUUAAUAUGAUCUAGUUAUAUGUAAUAAUAUUAAAUAUGUUUGUAAUAUUUAUAUAAUAAAAUCAAUUUUUCUUAUUACUAUUACUAUUUUUAUUAUUAACAUUAUUUUACCUGUAUAUUAAAAUUGAUCUCCUUCAUA